AUGGAGUUCGGGGAGAGAAAGAGGAGAAGGAAGUCACAGAGCUUUAAACUGGUCACGGAUGAAGAUUCUUCAUUUACGAUGAAUUUAAGCAGAAAAGAUGCCAACAGAGAGCCCAUGGAUGCUGCUGCACCUGAAGUUUGGGUUGGAGAUGAAGGUAUGGAGAUCAAGAAGCAAAUCACAGGAAUGAUGAGGCUUCUGAGUGAUAAAACCAGCAGGUUUUAUCAGCGUGUGGGAGCAGAGCAGGACAGCUUCACAAAGGAGACCCAGGACGGGCAUCUGAGCUGGGUACAGCAAUCUGCAGCUUUAUCAGAGGAGCGGCACAGUAACAGCUGGAGCUCUACAGAGGAGCCAGGGCCUUCACUUUCAUCCAUACCCACCUCUAGUCACAAUGGGUCAAGCUGUGUGUAUAGCACCCGCUCCAAAGCCACAAGAAACCUCCACAACAGCACCAAAGAUCCAGUUAAAGAGCAUGAAUACAAUGACUUUCCGGCAGAUGUAGCCCCUCCUGCAGAGCCAGAAACCCCCUGCUGUAUGUGUAACUGCAAGGGCACCUUGCAAGCUAUUCUACAGGAACUGCGUUCCAUGAGGAAGCUGAUGCAGACUCAGAGAGUGUAUGAAAGACAGGAACAAGCAGCGCCACCGUGCCUACCUCGUCUUGGUCAGGGCCCCGCUCCUCGCUGUCGGCCCCGCAAGAGGAGGCCGAUCUAUAAAGUGGCACCGCUCACUGUGUCUAAUUCUAGAAAAGCUGCCCCUGCCCCUCCGGAGGCCUCAGUGUAUGUAGCUGUACCUGCAGAAGCUGACUACAGGGAGGGAUGUGAGAAAGAGCAAAAAUCAUCUCCACCAAACAGUCACCCUGUUUGCUCUGAGGUAUCUGUGCUGCCAUCUCAUAAUGAUCCAGUAACUCCAAACAAAACACACAAUGCUCUACUGAACCCAGCGAAGGAGCCUCAGCUGUUAGAGUCUGAAGUACGUCUGGCUGAAGAUUAUGACGUGUAUAUAUCAAAGGCUCAGCUGGACUCCAUCCUUGUGAACUACACACGCUCUGGCAGCCUGCUAUUCCGGAAACUGGUGUGUGCCUUCUUUGAUGAUGCUACUCUAGCUAAUUCUUUGCCAAAUGGAAAAAGAAAGAGAGGCCUUAAUGAUAACCGGAAGGGCUUGGACCAGAAUAUUGUGGGUGCUAUUAAAGUGUUUACAGAGAAAUACUGCACUGAACACAGAAUAGAGAAGUUGCCUGGGCCUCGGGACUGGGUUCAGAUCCUUCAAGACCAGAUUAAACUUGCCAGGAGGAGGCUGAAAAGAGAUGGUGUAGAAGCAGAGGAAGUCAUAAAUGGACCUUCAACAACAUGCAACUUCAGCAGGCCUGCAGGUGUGGAAGUGACCGUAAACAUGACUGGUUAAUUAAAGGGCUGCCUCAUGACCUUA